AUGGAUCAUUCAGAAAAUAUUCCCUCCUGCGAUCAGAAACCUUCUCGUUUGACAAGGGAUCAAGAGCAUGUGAUCAUGGUUUCUGCUUUACGACAAGUGUUAUCGCACGUCCAAGGUGACACUUCAUCAUCGAACUCGGUUGCAUGCGAAGCUCUUCAUCAACCUUUGGACGCUGGCCCUUGUCCUCUCUGCGGUAUCAUCGGUUGCUACGGUUGCGCAUUCCCGCGGCGUGAAGAGAUAAAGAAGGAGAAGAAACACAAAGGUGUGAGGCAAAAGCCAUCAGGUAAAUGGUCGGCGGAGAUAUGGGAUCCGAAUUUGCAACGAAGAAGAUGGCUUGGAACGUUUCCAACAGCUAAAAUGGCAGCGGAGGUCUACGAUGAUGCGGCGGCUAAGCUUGUCAAAAGAAAGGCAGAAAGAAGUGACACAAGGCACUGA